UGCCUGCCUAAUCUCCUCCUCGACCAGCCCGAGCAACGGACAGGCCUGCGUUGACUUCCUGACGGAUCACAGUAACUUUGUUGCUCGAAGAACAACUUAAGGUCAUUUCUUAUCAUACAUUCUCGCAUCAGAUGCACAUAUAUCCGUCAGCCUUAACCUAAUGACCCAGCAAGAGCAGCAUGAAUUCAAGGAAUGUUUGGAGGAAGCCCUGUCCUGGAUGCAGGCCAUCCAGGAGAGGCUUAAACAAAAUGAUAACACCCAAGGGCCCAGAUCAGCGCUGGAGGUCAGGCUCAGAGAGACAGAGAAAAUCCAUAGCUCAGAGCCUGAUGGCCAUGUGAAGAUGGACAGGGUGCUUGUGGCUUCUGAAGCUCUGCUUCGAAAUGGAGAUGAAGAAAUGAAGAAUCAGACUCAUUCGAAACUCAAAGAUCUGAAAGCGCUCUGGGAGGAGACGUUAACCUACAUCAUUCACUGUCACAGUCGUAUCGAGUGGGUGUGGCUGCACUGGAGUGAAUACCUAAAGGCCCAUGAGGAGUUUGGGAUGUGGCUGGAGAAGAUGCACAGGGCUCUGGAGCCUCUGCUUGAGAUGCAGCUGGGUCUCCAGGAGAAGCUGUGGCAGGUGGAUCAUCUGCAGGUCCUUCACAGUGACAUCCAAGGCCAGGCACUGUUUCUGGAGAGGCUCCUGGAUGAGGCUGCAACGCUGUUCAACCGGACCGAGGACCCCAGUGUAAAUGUGCAGGCUCAGCAAGGUCUUCAAAAUGCCUACAACCAUAUUCGAGACCGAGCACAGGAAAGGUUGGCAUUGGCAAAGAAAGUAGUGGAGGAGCACCAGCAAUACCAAAGUGACUAUCAUAAAUUCCAAACCUGGCUGAUGUCUAAAACAGAAGAAGUCAGCCGUUUCAGUGACAUGGAGGAUACGCCACAGAACAGGCUAAAAGCCCUGCAGGAGCUGAAUGCUAGUAUAGCCCAAGAAGAACUCACUCUCCAGGACAUUGAAAGGUUGUCUGAGGUGGUGAAGGCCAACACGUCUCCAGCAGGUGCGGAGAAGAUCACAAAAGAGAUGGAGGAGUUAAGGCUGGCCUGGCAGAGGUUACGCCAAAUCCUUAUAGAGAUUCAAGAAGAGCUCCAGAGCUCACUGGACUCUGAGACCGAGUAUUCAAACCGCUGUAAGGAGCUCUGGGCGGACCUGGGGCAGAUCAGAUCCCUGGUCCAGAACCUCAGCAGUGAGCUGGAGAGCAGGGAUGGAGAGAGGACUGAGGAACACUUGGUAGCUCAAUGGAAGGCGCACACGAGGGUGCGCAACAAGCUCAUCGCAGAGGAGCCCAGGGUGGAACAGCUAAAAUCCCGGUUGAAAGAGCUAUUCCGAUUCCCACAAGAUUCUAAAAACCUGUCUGAUGAGGUGCUAGCUGUGGUAAAAGAAUACCAGAGUGUGAAAGGCAGAUCUUUCAGGCUGUCCUCUGAAAGCGAGACUGCUCUCCAGCAGAUACUGCAGGACCCUCUGUAUGGCUUCAGUCAGUGGAGUCAGGUGGUUUCUCAGGUACUGGAGGCUUCCGCCGAGGUGACGGAGUUCUCCCACAUCGCUCUGCUCGUGCAGAAUAUAGAGAAGUUACUUAAAAACAGCGUGCAACUCCAGGAGCGCUUGAGUUUGCUCCAGGUGAAGAGUGAUCUGCUCAGCUCUGUUUUUGGCCAAGAGAAAGCUGUUGAUCUGUUGGAAGAGCUCAGCGGGGAUAUGAGGAAGAGAGAGUUACUCCACAGCCAGCUCCAACAGCGCAAGAACCGCCUGCAGGGUUUGAUAUCAAAGACGAAGGACUUUUCAGAUGCCUAUGAAUCCAUCCAUAAAAAACUGACCUUCAUAAAGGAACGGUUUGUCAAGACGGGUGAACUUCAACCUGACAUUCUAGCCAAGAAGAGCCAGGCCGAUCAACUCCGGGUCAUUAGAAAGGACUUGGAAGAUUGUAAAGCCCAUAUCAUAGCUCUGGAGACGCUGGUGUCAUCCAACCCUGCAAACAGGACAAAGUUUGAGCGUCUGUAUGCCCACUGGAAUGUGCUUUAUAAUGAAGUUCGGAUGAAGGUGAAUGAAAGUGAGAAGAGCAUUGCAGAACAUGAGAGUUUACAUGAAAAUAUUCUGAAUUUGGAGAAGUGGUUGAUGAUCAUGAGACAGAAGCUGGAGUCGUUUCGUGGAUCAGAUGGGGAAUGGAGCAUCGAUAACCGCCAGCAUGAGGCUGAGAGGGCGCUUGGAGAGUUUCCAGAGAAGGAAUUUCAGCUUAAUCAGACGGAAGCUGAAGGUCACACCGUUCUGGCCAAAACCUCGGAGAAAGGCAAAGUUCACAUCGUUCAGGACCUUAAACGCCUUCGAGAGUCCUGGACGUCCCUCCACACGCUUAGUCUCAAUCUUUACAGGCUUCUAAAUGGACAUGCUGCCACAGGCGACCAUGACUCCCUAUCACAGAAAACAGAGUUCCUGCUGGACAGAAGGGCAGACGGGGAUCACCAGGACACUUCUUCAGGCUUUGAAGUGGGAAUUGACACUGGUGACAAAGGACUGGAAUGGCACAUGCACAGAUCUGAAUCAACAGAUCACCCAGAGCCGGAGAGGAACAUUGUCAUCUCUGAGGGCAUUGUAAGACCUGAACGUUCAGAGGUCGGGAGAAGAGAGAGGAGUUACCGAGACCAAUCCAUGGAUGAUGAGAUAGAUGCAGUCAUGCCUGCAAGUGACCGUCUUGUGAACAGAAAGCAGAUAGUGGUAAAAGACUCUUACGAAGAUGACUUGCUUAGGAGCGGUGGUCGGACUGGUGAAUGGGUUGAGGAACACACAGGCAGUUCUGGGAUUAAAGACCUGGAUAUGCAAGGCAAAUAUAGCUUUUCCUAUGAUGCACAGAGAGUGGUGCAGCUGUCACAGAUCCCACCUGAUGAGACCAGUGCUGCUUAUCAGAUGGGCUCUCAGGGGCCCCAGCGUCAUGCUGAUCUGGAGGCCCAGAGGAGGGAGUUUGAAGCGUGGCUUCACAAGGAAAAUGAAAAACUCACAGGAAUUCUGAACAACCAAAGAUCCCUGAGCCCUAAAGAACUGAGGAUAAGACAGAAUACACUCAAGGGUUUACGUGCUGGUGUAGCCUGGGGUCAGAGUCAGUUCACAAAACUGAUGUCUGGUCAGCAGAGUAAGUCAGCGGAGGUGGACACAGAGCUAGAAGAGCUGCGUUAUUGCUGGAUGUUAUACAAAUCCAAACUUCAAGAGGCUGGUGACCUCAAAGGUCUGCUCAAACACAAGGGUGUCAGUGGGCAACAACAGGAGCUUGUCCGAGCUGGAAAGACGAACAGCGGUCUGGGAUUCUUGUACCGUGUGUGUCGUGUGGCUCUUCCUCUCCAGCUCCUGCUGUUGGCUCUUCUGCUGCUGGCCUUCCUGCUGCCCAUGAUGGACGAGGGCACUAGCUGUUCACUGUCCAACAACUUCGCCCGCUCCUUCAACAUCAUGCUCCGCUACGACGGACCUCCGCCCACUUAAGCGUUGACAGUCCAAAGCAGCUUUUUUAAAUGCGCCAAUCUGCUAUCGUGUUCAUGUAACAAAACUUCUAUUUUUUAUCAAUGUUCUGUUAACGCUUUAAGUCAUUUUAUUUUUAGUUGGUGGAUGCAGCAGAUCAGAAACUGUGUUUGUGUGAGAGAGAGUGAAAGUGUGAGUGGGUGGAUGGCAGAGAUGCUCACAACCUGCUCAACAUGAUUCAAGCUGUUCAUUUCUCUACAGGCUUUAGAGAAACCAAUGCAGCCUUUACAAAGAGCAAAACUCCCUUAAAGACAUCUACUCAGGAGCCAUCGCACAUUUCUUGUGUUUUUAGGUUUGUUGUAUGUUAUUGCUAGUUUCUAAAUGUUAAAGGGAUAGUUUGCACACACAAAAAUACAAUUCUGUCAUCAUAUACUCACCGUCAUGUCCAAACCGGUUUUACUUCCUUUCUUUUGAGAGAUUUUUUAUUAUUAUUAUUUUUAAGUCAAUAGGGUCCAAUCAUGUCGUUUUGGACCCCAUUGGUGUUCUUUAAAUGGAUAAAAACAGUUCAAACAGUUUCUGAGUAAAUGAUGGCAGAAUUUUUGGAUGAACUAUCCCUUUAAAUAAUUUUACUGUGGUAUGUCUUAUAUUUAAACAGAAUUGUGCAUGUUUUAUUCAUAUGUCUUGUUUAUAUUCUGUUGUUUGCUAUUUUACUCAGGCCACUCAGAAACUGAACUGGGUUUAAUAAUAGGAUUUAACUUAUCAUUGUGUUGCGAGGAUUGGUUCUGAUGUCAUUGAGUAGAUAAGACUGUAAAUAUUUCAAAACUAAGCUAAGUUGUUCAUAUGUUGGUGAGCUUUAGAAGAGGAAAUGGUCAAUCAGACAUUCCUCUAUCACUCAAAGCAAAGGUGCUAUGCUCAUGCGUUCGUAUACUGUAAUACACAGUUUUCCUUUAACGGUUUUUGGAAAUUGAGAUUGCAGAAUCACAUUGUUGGACUUGACUGAGUUUUGGCAUUGGCUUGCCUCUGAUUGUUGUUCUAGGUUAGUGUGUUUUUUCUGGCAUAGAUUAGGGUGUAAAAAUAGCUCUGUUUGGGGAGAAUGGCCUUUUUUGAACACAAUUUUGGAACUCUGACCUUCUUGGGCUUUUUUUGCAAGUCUCAGAAGGGCCCAAAACUAUCAGAAGUUAAGUUCAGCUAUUCUUUUUUAAGACGGCUUCUUUAAUGUCAUGGUUUGAUGAAAGAAAUGCCUUGAUUUUAUUUUUUUGGUCCAGAACGAAGGCUGCUUUGCCUUUCAAAGCUGGCUUUUUGCAGUGUGAGACAUUAUUUAGAGGCUAAUUGCAUGGCUUUUCAGCUUUAAGUAGUAUUACAAUCACACAACGCACUGAACUGCUUUAAUCCUGUAUCAAAAUGCCAUUUUAAAAUCAUAUUCAGACCUCUCUGCUAUGCUAAAACUGUAAUAUGCGUUAAUAUGUGAUGCACUAUCUAAUGUUAAAUGCAUGAAUAGUAGUCUGAAAGAGACUUAACAUUAAAAUAUGCUGCAUUUUCUAAAAAGAAACCGAAAUAUUGAAGCUCAGCGCUUCAGUUUAUUGCACUGCUUUAUUGUUUGUAUUUAAUCUCGUUUUAUGCCAAUGCAAGCCGUUUGAUGAUGUAUACAGGUCUCAUCAAUGACACUGUGAUUCAUUAGGCUGCAAAUGCUAAACUGUACUAAAUGGUUCAACUGUUUUUCAAGAUCAUUAAACAUAUGCUAAUAGAGCUAGUUUACAGCACUGUGUGCAUGGAAGAAUUUUCUCAUUGGAGAAAUCUUUGAUUUGGGAAGAAAAUAUUGGAAAUUAUUUUCAAAGACAGCUAACAAAAUUUGAAGCAUGUAGAAAUUACAACAUUAUGCAUGAAAGGUUGCAAGACAAUGUUAUUAACAAAAGUUCAACAUUUAUUUUAUUACUAUAUUUUGAAUUAAACUCAUAUAAUGUAUCUUUAAACUGACAAAUAUAUAAAGUAAAAAACAACAACUAUAACCAGUAUUUUUGUAUUGUACUCCAGGCAAUAAACAUGCAGUGCAUUUUU